AGCUUUGCACGCGCGGCGCUCCGGCGGCCGCCGGCGGCGGUCGCGAUCGGAGGCAUGCCCGGAGCGGUGAGAUCAUCGGCGGUAUAAAUAUCCGCUGUCGGCUCGGCAAGUGUGCGUGCGCGCGCGUGCGUGCGCCCGCGCGUGUAGGAUUUCAGCCGGGAAUGCGAGGGCUUCGACUGGCGGGUGGUCGAGCAUGAACGUCCCGCUGUUUUACCUGCUCACCGUCGCGCACUUGGUGGCCGCGGCGCGUCGCCCGGCCGCGGCGGGUCAGGAGACGGAGGAGGAGGAGCAGCGGCGGCGGCGGCGGGAGGAGGAGCAGGAGACCCGUUCGGGGCGCAGGACUUGCCGGCUCUACUGCAGGGUGGGCAUCGGCUUCCACCUCCAGAUCCACCCGGACGGCAGAGUCAACGGCAGCCACGAGGCCGACCGUCUGAGUGUUCUGGAGCUAUUUGCCGUGUCCCAGGGCGUGAUUGGCAUCCGAGGAGUGUACAGUGACAGAUUCCUGGCCAUGAAUAAGAAAGGACGCCUCCAUGCCACUACGUCAUUUACGGACGACUGCAAGUUCCGCGAGCGUUUCCAGGAGAACAGCUACAACACGUACGCCUCGGUGCUCCACUGGAACCGCAGGACCGGCCGCCAGUGGUUCGUGGCCCUCAACAAGCGAGGCAAAGCCAGGAUGGGCUCCGGGCCUCGGGUCAAAGCCCAGCACGUUUCCACGCACUUCCUGCCCAGACUUGACGACGACGGCUACGGACGCGGCGAACGAGGAUUCGCCGUCACGGACGGGAAAGGCGACAAGCGGAAAAAAACGCCGCCCGAGCCGCUGUCGCCCAAAGCAAAGGUCCAGGAGGGGACACGGCCCAAACAGGUCAAGUACUGGCCCAAAUAUCGCUUUGGAUAGAACGGGGGGGCUUCAGAAAAACUUCACAGCAUUCCCGACAUCCUCAAGCUCCGACGAAAGAUGUUUUUUGGAUUGUGACAAGGAACGAUGUGUCGACGCUUGCCAAGUUUUGUGACGCUCUCCGAUGUGGAAAUGGUAGUUAUGGGGUUUUUUUGGACUGUUUUGCUGCAAUUCGGGAAAUUGCCAAGUUGGAAAUGUCCUAACUGGCAUUGUAAAAAUGGGUCAAGACAUCCAAAAAAAAAAAAAAAAUCCAACAACGAAAAUCAGAAAUUUCCCAUCUCCAAAUAUUUCAACAUUUGUCAAAGUU